CAAGAUUGAACAGAUCCGUGAGUGGACAACUUCUUAUUUCUGAAAGACCUCGCUAAGAAUCUAGAGACGCAAAAAAAUAAAAUAAAAAAAGAACAUUGAAACAAGAAACUUCAAGGUUCCACUCCAGAGAAAUAACUGUACCUAAACUCUUUGGCUGCUGAAAAUGGCCAUCAUGCUGAAACCCUGGACCGUCAUCGCUACUGUCCUCUUCUGCGUGCUCCUGUGUCUCGGGACAUUUGUGGACGCCUAUCCGCCCAAACCAGAGAAUCCCGGAGAUGACGCUCCUCCGGAGGAACUCGCCAAAUAUUACACCGCGCUGAGACACUACAUCAACCUCAUCACGAGACAACGGUAUGGAAAAAGGGCCACCUCGGAGGAUGUGAUGGCUGAGUUGCUGUUUGGAGAUGACACAGAGCACAAACAGAGAUCAAGAUAUGAUGACUCGUAUAUGUGGUGAAGUCCAGUGACCCCCGUGUCACCUGUCUUGAUAUAAGCCCACCUGUGCCUCCCACAGAAAACCUCCAGACUAUAUGUGAACCAGUUACCAUCAACCUCAUCCACCUCUUUAUUAAAUACAUCCUCUAUUUUCUUUCAUGUGCACAGAACAAAUCUCAUUAACAACUGUACAUAAUAUAUUAUAAUAGGAUCUAUCAGUGGAAAUGUAUAGGCUAUGUGUAAACGUCAUUGUGUCAUGCAGAAAUGAUGAGUUUUGAUUGUACCAUGUCAAUUAUGUGAUUAAAAGUUUAUUGGUUGAAUCUGGA